UGGACCUCGGGCCUCACUUCUCCUCCAGAUGGACCACAAGUGCUCCUGCCCCAUUGGGGGUUCCUGCAGCUGUGCUGGCUCCUGCACCUGCAAAGCCUGCAGAUGCACCUCCUGCAAGAAGAGCUGCUGCUCCUGCUGCCCCAUGGGCUGCGCCAAGUGUGCCCAGGGCUGCAUCUGCAAAGAGGCCUCGGACAAGUGCAGCUGCUGUGCCUGAUGUCGCGGACAGCCUGCCCCGGGUGUCAAUGGAGGAACACGGGCCGACCUGCGUUUUUAUACAACUCUGACUUGAUUGCUACAUUCCCUUUCCUAUGAAAUAUGUAAGUGGUAAUAAAAGUUGUUGACA